CAUUCUUUCUUUUCUGUGAAUGCGUAUAGGAUUUAUUUAUUUCGAUGCGCUAUUUUCUGCUUAGUGAUGAUUAAUUAUCAAAGAUAAUAUCUAUAACUUACUUAAAAGCUUUCUUUUUGUUUAGUUUACAGUUAGUAAAAAGGAAAAGGUGUUUUUAAAAUCUGAAAAUGGCUGUGUCCAAAUCAACGAACACCUACAAUCGACAGAAUUGGGAAGAUUCGGACUUUCCAAUUUUGUGCCAAACAUGCCUAGGAGACAAUCCGUAUAUUCGUAUGACAAAAGAGAAGUAUGGCAAAGAGUGUAAAAUAUGCGCUCGACCAUUUACAGUCUUCCGUUGGUGCCCAGGGUCUAGGAUGCGAUUUAAGAAAACAGAAAUUUGUCAAACAUGUUCCAAAUUGAAGAAUGUUUGUCAAACUUGCUUGUUGGACUUAGAAUAUGGGCUGCCUAUUCAAGUAAGAGAUGCAGCUCUUAAGAUACAAGAUGAUCUACCUCGAAAUGAAGUGAAUAAAGAGUACUAUAUUCAGAACUUAGAUAGUCAAAUGUCUAAAUUUGAUUCUACUCAACCGAGUAAUUCUGCUCUGAAGUCGAAGGGUGCUUCUGAUCUGUUGUUGAGGUUGGCCCGAACUGCACCAUAUUACAAAAGGAAUAGGCCACAUGUGUGUUCAUUCUGGGUGAAAGGGGAGUGCCGGAGAGGAGAGGAGUGCCCGUACCGGCAUGAAAAGCCUACUGACCCUGAUGAUCCAUUGGCUGAUCAGAAUAUCAAAGACAGAUACUAUGGUGUGAAUGACCCAGUCGCCGAGAAGCUAAUGCGCCGCGCUGCUGCCAUGCCAGCUUUGCCACCACCCGAGGACAGAACGGUCACAACACUAUAUGUGGGCAAUCUGCCCGAUAAUAUCUCCGAGGAGGAGUUGAGGGGACAUUUCUACCAGUAUGGAGAAAUAAGGUCGCUAACUUUGGUGCCGCGAGCACAAUGUGCCUUCGUGCAGUACACGACUAGGAGUGCCGCCGAACACGCGGCCGAGAAGACCUUCAACCGACUGGUCAUAGGCGGCAAGAGGCUCACCAUCAAAUGGGGCAAAUCUCAAGGACGUCAAGGUACAAACGAGAAGAACGAAGCGCUGCCGGCGCUGGAGCCCGUGCCCGGCCUGCCCGGCGCUCUGCCGCCGGCGCCUGCCUUCCUGCAUCCAUUUCCACCACAGAUGCCGCCGCCCCACCGUCCCAACGACUUCUUCAACCUGCACCACUACGGGCCGGCGGCGGGCUGGCCGUGGGGCGCGCCGCCGCCGCCGCCCGGCGCCGGCCUGCCGCCGCCCGGCCCGGGCCUGCCCCCGCCCGGCCCCGGCCUGCCCCCGCCCGGCCCCGGCCUGCCCCCGCCCGGCCCCGGCCUGCCCCCGCCCGGACCCGGCCUGCCGCCGCCGGCGCCGGCCCUGCACUACCCGAGUCAGGACCCGGGCCGCCUGGGCGCUCACGCGCAUGCCAAUGCGCCGCAGACGUAGUAUAUUUGAGCUUUACAUCUAUCACAGCAGAAAUGUACAAAUUCAUAAAACCACCCGAAAUGAAAUAUUUCUACAAAAUGCGGAAUAAAACGUUUAUACAUAUGAGCGAUAUUUUUUCUUCAAAGUUAUUGGUAUAUUGUGGUCAUAAUAUACCAUUGAAGGUGAUAAUUAAGAAUUAUUUUUGUCCAUCCGGGGCAAAUUAAACUUAGUGUUGAAUAUUAUAGGGUUUAUAAAUCGACAUCGUUCCUUGAACAUAAUGUUUAUAUUGUGACGUGGGCACGGAUCGAAGUGUGUUAGUUUAUUGUGUGGAUAUUGUAAGUAUCUUGUCAGUAAUUAUGAAAUAAAAUAGUUUUCGUAUGUAGUAA